UCAGGAACGAUGGCGUUCAGCUCUUCCGCUGCAGAAGGAACGGCCUCUCCGCCGUCAUAUUCCUUGGUUCGACGAAAUGGAGUCCGAAAUGUCGCUGUGAUUGCUCAUGUUGAUCACGGAAAAACUACUUUAGUCGACAAAUUACUAGGCGCCGCUCGACGAAGUCAAGGUAUUAGCGGUGAUGGCGUUGAUCGUCUUUUGGACUCUGGCGAGCUGGAACAAGAGCGUGGAAUUACCAUUACCUCUAAAGUUACAAGAUUGGAUUACGUGAACGGAGGCGAUAGGAUGGUGGUCAACUGUGUGGAUACUCCUGGACACGCAGACUUUUGCGGGGAAGUCGAUCGAAUCCUUAGUAUGGUCGAUGGUGUAGUCCUUGUUGUGGACGCUGCAGAGGGCCCCAUGACACAGACCAAGUACGUUCUCAGUCGGGCUCUCACUUUGGGACUUAAACCCGUUGUUGUUUUGAACAAAUGCGAUCGUUCUGAUGCGAUGGCCAGAAUAGAUUCCGGAGAAACGGAAAGCAAACUGCUGGAUCUUUUUGACGCGCUUGGUGCGACCGACGAGCAGAUGAACUAUGUGACCCUCUAUGCGUCCGCAAGAGAAGGAUGGAUGACAGCUGACCCCUUAGAAGCACUGGAAAUUGCUGAAAACGGUUAUGCUGGUGAUGAGAAAUAUGGUAUGACGAAUCUGCUGGACUCGAUCGUCUCACAGAUCCCUGAACCUGCUGCCCGAAUGUACAAUGUUGAGACUACUUCAGGCGAGUCCCAUGAUGGUACAGCCUUUUUGGGUGACACUUUUAGCUUAGCUGCUGUUACUGUCGGCUUCGAUGCAUAUCUCGGACGGUCUUGCACUGGGCGCAUUUUUUCAGGAUCUAUUGCUGUGAACGACAGUGUUUCUAUAUUGAAAAGAGACGCUGCCGUCGGAGCAGGUAUUUCACCGGGUUCUCAGAACGUCGCUGGCGUCUUCGUCUACGAAGGAAUAAGUAGGACUCCGUAUGAAAAGACGGCAUAUGCGGGAGAUAUUGUGACUUUGGCUGGAGUCCCAGAUGCGAUCGCGGUGGGCGACACACUCACAGGUACAUCCGACCCAGUCGAAGAGCCUAUUGAAACUCCGCCUUUGACUCCCCCAACCCUUUCGAUGGAUUUUGGCGCAAACAAUGGACCAUUGGCGGGGAAGGAAGGCACCAAGAUUGCCUCAUCUAAGAUUCGGGACCGCUUAGUUUCGGAGACAGACAACAACGUAACUCUUGUGGUGGAAAAGUCCGAGGCUGACAGUGACAAAACAGUUGUUUUCGCCCGCGGGGAGCUCCAGCUGGGAAUUUUGGUGGAACAAAUGCGGCGCGAAGGGUUUGAGAUUAUUAUUUCUCCACCCCGUAUCCUCACCGUUAUUUGCCCAGAGACAGGUAAAGAGUUGGAACCGUUCGAGGAAGUAACGAUUGACGUUGAUUCUGAGUAUUCUGGUACAGUUGUGAGCGCUUUAACCGGAGACAGGAAGGGAGUCAUGGUGGAAAUGAGUGAGAGUUCUGCUGACGGUAAAAGUAGAUUGAUUUUCGAGGUUCCGAGCCGAGGUUUGCUGGGCUUCUCGUCCGAAAUUGCAACUGCGACAAAGGGGAGCGCUGUCGUCACCCAUUUGUUCGUUGAAAAUCGGGAGUAUGCAGGUAACCUGGGAAGUGGUCUGGUGAAAGGCAAGCUGGUGAGCAACGCUCAAGGAAAAGCGACUUCUUACGCCCUUGCCUCGCUGUCUGCCAGAGGAACCCUCUUUGUCGCUCCCGGCGACGAGGUGUAUAGCGGAAUGGUAAUUGGAGAAAAUGCAAAAAUUGGCGACCUCGAAGUCAAUCCAGUUCGAGCAAAAGAAACCACAAAUAUGAGGACCCAAGCCAAAGAGGAGAAGGUCGCGUUGCCUCCUCCAAAGAGAAGGAGUGUCGAGGAACUCAUUGGGUACAUGGCGGAAGACGAGGUCAUCGAAAUUACGCCUAAGAGUAUUAGACUCAGAAAAGAGAUUCUGGACUCUUCUGCCAGAGAG